UGACAAAACAUUUGCGUUGCCCAUUGGUCGCCCUAAUUUUGCUGACAACAUCAAAAUAGUCAACAUGUCAGCCAGAGGUGCAAAGAAGAAGAAGCCUACAUCCAAAUCUGCAAAAGCCGGUGUGCUUUUCCCCGUGGCUAGAAUGCGACGGUACUUGAAAGGGAUGACCCAUCAUUUCCGUAUCGGAGCAGGUGCUCCCGUGUAUAUGGCAGCUGUCAUCGAAUAUCUAACGGCUGAAAUACUUGAGUUAGCAGGCAAUGCAGCAAGAGACAAUAAGAAGGGUAGGGUGACUCCCAGACACAUACUUCUAGCUGUGGCUAAUGAUGAAGAAUUGAAGCAGCUUUUGAAGCAUGUGACUAUUGCCUCAGGAGGAGUGUUGCCAUGGAUACACCAUGAACUCCUCCACAGAAAGAGGGGAGGAAUUCAGAUUAAAUCCCCCGUCACUACAGCUACCACCGCUGGCCCCAGUGCUCCUAAAAAACCUAAGGUGAUUCCUGCAGCAUCACCACCGCCAUCCCCCACCAAAGGGGGAAAAGCUUCCGCCAAAGCCAAGGCCAUUAAACCUCCAAAGGGAUUCAAACCUUCAGCUGAUGCAGUGGCUGCCACUUCCGGCGGAGGAUUCACCAUCCUGUCGGAAAAGAAACUAUUUUUAGGACAAAAGAUGACAGUUAUUCAGGGAGAUUUGGUCAAAAUAACUGCAGACAGUAUCGUGCAUCCCACUAGUAGUAACUUUUACAUGGGUGGAGAAGUAGGACAAGCAAUGGAAAAAGCUGGGGGUAAAGAGUUCAGAAAAGAAAUUGAUGAUUUAAGCAAAGCUCACGGAAAUCUAGACACAGCAGGAGCUGCAAUCUGCCCAGGCCAUAACUUUCCUGCCAAGUUUGUAAUCCAUGUUAACAGCCCUACAUGGAGCGGUGGUACUGGUAACUCACAGCAACUUUUGGAGAAAGCUGUAAAGAAUGUUCUGAAACUAGCCGAUGAGAAAAAUCUUAAAUCUAUAGCCAUUCCCUCUAUAGGCAGUGGAAAUGCUGGAUUCCCCAAGCAGACGGCAGCACAAAUCAUCCUAAGAUCAAUCAGUAAUUACUUUACGACCUGUAUGACGAGCUCACUCAAACAGGUCUACUUUGUGUUGUACGACUCGGAAAGUGUAGCUGUGUAUACAAGUGAGCUCGGAAAGCUGGAUUCCUAGACUAGGAAUCGGCAGGCGUUUGUCUAUGGAGCAAUUAUGUAGAUGUGUGUGUUAAAAAUUGAAGAGAACUUUCUUUGGUGUUGUACCUUUCUUUUCAAUGUACUGUUGACUUUUCCUUGUUGGUCUGUAGUUUAGCAUAGAAUUUCCAUGAAUGAAUUGUGAAUGGUGCAAUGCCAUGAUAUUUUAUUUUAGAUGUACCGGUAAAUGUAAGUAAAACUUGUUAAAAAUUAUUUUGUUAAGAGUGCAUAGUUUUAAUUAUCAUACAGAUUAUUUUUGCUUGCACGAACAAAAAUUUUCAUUAAGUAUAUAUGAUUCUUGAAAUCCUGAAAAAAAUGUAUAGGAACAAGAGCUAUCCCCUCCCACUUUUCAGAAAUUAUUUAUGCCUUUAACAGUAAUGUUUUUAUAGGAAGGGAAAAUCAGCAACAAAUUAUUAUACUGUAUUAUUAUUGAACAAACAUUUUUUUAUAUAGAACUGAGGUAACUUACAUUAAGUUUUUAUUUACUUAAAAAGUAUUUUAUACUUGGAUGCUUCAACACUGUCUACAAUUUUCAAUAUUGAAUUAUGCUGUCAGUGAAAUUGAUGUCUUUGAUUUCUUUUGUUCUUGAUUAUCUUCAAGGGAACAAAUAACCUUACUGUUCAUUUAUUCAUUUUCAAUGUAAUAGUGGUAAACACAUGUAAAUGCAAAUUAAUAUUAUAUACAAUUUGAAUCAAAAAACAAAAUCAAUUGUGAUUGUACUUCAAAAGAAAAUAUUGAAAUUCAGAAAUUUUUAUGAUGCACAUAUAUUGUAAUUCAUAUUUUCAUUAAGCUUCAUGUAGAUGAAAUGUGUAUCAUUUUAUGAGAGAAAAUACUAUACAUGUAUAAACAUCAACAAAGGCAGCACUCUCAAAUUGUAUGAAAGUUUUAGAAAGUGAGAAUUCAUUAACUCUCUACUAUGUCAUGCAUGUCUUUGUGGAAAGUAAAAUAUCCUCAUGUAUUAAGAUACUUGGAGACUGUAAUUAAAGUUUUAUCAUAAUUUAUUCUUGUUAAUGUUAAAUUUUAAAAUCAAUAUUGCAAGUUAUCUAGGUUGGUUAGAUUUGUGAAACCAUGCAGGAAUGUUCCUCUCUUGUUAAUAUUUAUAAAUCAAUCUAUAGUCUUAAUAGGUGCCACAUUUUAAAGUUUGUGAUAUGGUCGUUUUGUUAAGAAAGUUAUUUAUUUUUAAAGUUUUAAACUUUUCUGUGUUGGUGGUUGGAAUUGUUUUAUUGAAAUUUUAUUUAUGUUAUUUUUAAAAAGAUGUUGGGUGAAAUUUUACCUCCAUGCUGGCAUACAACAUCUCUAAACUAUUUAACUUGUGUAUGUCACUUUCAUAAAGCAUGUGUUUUUAAUGUAGUGUUACAGUAGUGAUUGUUAAGACAAAUAAUGAGUUGCAUUUUAACAUCUUUAAUUUUAUGUUUUGUGUUUUAAUCUUUUAUGUAUUAACUUGACAGUUUAAAUGGAAGUCAUUUUCAUGGUUAUGUUUUACACUGUAUUAAUGUAGAUUCACUUUUCAAAAAUGUUGAAAGUUGGAUAUGAAAACCACACUAUAUUGCACUAGACAUAAUUUUCUUUUUCACUAGUGAAUAAAUGAGUAGAUUCCAAAUCA